AUGACGUGUACCAUAAGGAACUGGUCUCCCAGCGAGGAAGGCACAUUUUUGCUUUUCCACAUCCCGAACGAAACUUUUAUGUUGACGCUUAUCAAUCUUAAAGCCAACACAUUCAACCUGGACACUGUGAACAGGGCGAUAAGCUAUGUAACCGAGGUCGAGAUAGAACGAUCUUCCGUCAAAAAGGUGGUAAUGCCGUCCGCCGCUACCAUAUCACGUCUGAAGCUCGAAAAAACGUAUCUCAGCGAUAUAACGCUCGAAGUUGGCAAUGAAUGGUUAAGCUUUCUUACCAUUACCGACAGCCGGCUGAAAAGCGUCCCGGGCACCAUCGUGCAUCUGGUAGCGUUGGAGAUGCUCGAAAUAUCGAAAUCAUCUAUUGAAACGGUCAACUUGAAUCUGUUCAGCAAACUAACGCAACUGCGUCAUCUGAACCUGUGCGAUAACAAAAUACUGUUUCUUCAUCUGUCCGACGCAGCUGGGGGCAAUUUCGCGCAGCUGAGUGACUUGUUUCUCAGUGGCAAUCUGCUGACUACGAUCGACUUAAGCGGGUUCAGUAAUAUGAAGGUGUUGGAGACGCUAGAUCUCCAUAGCAACAGGAUCAGGCGAGUGCAAGGGGCGAUGGUGUCGAAAAACUUGAAAUUUCUCGAUUUAUCUGAGAAUCGUAUUGAGACGCUAGACUGUUGCGAAUGGAACAUUACCAGUUUGAACCGGUUCAAGCUGAGCAGUAAUGAAUUGGUGACGUUGCCAAGCUGCCUACCGUUGACCAUGCCCAACGUAAAUUACCUCAUAUUCCAAAGGAACGCGCUGACCGAUGGUGAUUCGUGGUACAGCCUUUUUACGCUGGAAGGAUUGCUACAGCUAGACAUUAGCUACAACCGGCUAACGAAGGCGGUAUUCGACAUCGUUUCGCAAUCAUUGUUGGUUCUCGAUCUGCAAAACAAUAACAUUAAAGUCCUGAGUGUUCCAGCGGCGGGCAAAGGUCUGAAGGUUCUGGCAUCCUUUAAUUCGAUCGAUACGUUCGAUAUCAAAAGCCUGUCUCCGAACGUUACGUUCUUGGAAAUGUUAGGCAACCCGAUCGACUGCACGUUCGAUCGAGCACGUAUGAGGAUUGGACAAGAACCUGUGUGCUACAUCUGUAAUACAUCUCAAAUACUAAAUUAA